UACAAUCUAUGUCACAGAAGCAAUCAUACAUCACAAAGGCAUAAUGUAAUAUUUUCCCCCCACCGCGAGCUCAGUGAAUACCACCGGCUUUUCAACGAAUUGCACAUGGAUGAAAGCCGCUUUCAGCAGUACACCAGACUGAUCGUAGCCCAGUAUGACGACCUAUUGUCUCGUGAUGGUCACCACAUGGUCACCGGCAAGACACCAACUACAGGCUCGCCAUCUCUGCUGGUGAACGCCUUGCGAUAUUCCUUCGUUUCAGCAGCCAUUUGGGAGUGCCUGGUGGGAGAGUUCAUGGCUGUGCCCAACACUGAAGGGAUGGAGGUCCAAUGCCAUAGAUUUCGAGCAACGCUGGGGUUUCCCAAACUGCUGUGGAGCCAUAGAUGGAAAAAUGUCAUCAUAAAGGCACCUGACAACUCUGGAUCACAACUUUUCAACUACAAGGGUACCUUUUCCCUUGUAUGGUUGGCAGUUGUUGAUGCCGAGUGUUGUUUUAGUGUUAUUGAUGUGGGAGGUUACGAGAGGACAAGUGUUGGAGGCAUCCUUGCAAACUCCAUUUUUGGCAAGGCUCUGGUGUCUGGAAAGCUUGGAUUGCCCACUGACCUAGCUCUCCCAGUUGCAGAGCACAAAGGACCCCAUCCUCAUGUUUUUGUGGCUGAUGAGGCCCUCCCGCUGCGCAAGAACCUCAUGAGGCCCUUCUCUGGUCGAAGCCUGACUUUCCCGGGCCUUCUGGUGAUCAAGCACGGCGAGAAGACUCUGGAUGAGACCAUCAAGAUUCUGGAGAAGAUAGGCUACAAGAACUUGGCCAAGAUGUUGCAUCACAACAAGCUGCAAAGAAGAGGUGCCGUCUAUGAUGUUCAGAUUGCCAGAUUAAAGGCGGACCUGCAAGGCAACCUGCAACGUAUAUACAGCUAUGUUCCCGAGGGCAACACCGAGCGCUGGCAGCAGCAGCCUCUGGCGGACGUCUACACAGAGCUGGACGUCACCUAUGGGGCCGAAGUCAGCCCCGACCAACAACAUGAGGUCCUUCAGAUGGAGACGCGUGCUGCAGCGGCGAAGGAGUCUAUCCUGCCGUGUGACAUCUUUAAAAGCCAUGACGGGAAGCCUCGCCCAAUACGCACACUCCUCACCACCGGCUUUGCGGGAAUCGGCAAAACCUUCUUGGUUCAAAAGUUUGUGUGCGACUGGGCCAGCGGUAAUACAAAUAAGGAUGUACACUUCAUAUUUCCCUUCGCCUUCCGGGAGUUGAACACGGACGAAGGGAAAAGCUUCACGCUGGCAGAGUUCGUACGGCGGUACGUUUGCGAGAGCAGGCACAUGAGCAAGGAGACUGGGAUCAAGAUCUUGUUCAUCUUGGACGGACUGGACGAAUGCAACUUAAAAUUGGACUUGAAGAAUGAGUUGAAAGUAGACAUGGACGUGACGGAGGCCUACCCGCUGGAGGUGCUCCUGGCGCACCUCAUCAAGAGGAACCUGCUUCCCUGCGCCCGGGUUUGGAUAACCACCCGGCCAACGACGGCCCACGAUAUCCCCUCCGACCUCAUCGACAGCAGAACCGAGGUGAGAGGAUUCAGCGAUUCCCAGAGGCUAGAGUACUUCAGGAAAAGAUUCCCAAAUGAAGAGCGCGUCACGAAGCACAUCCAGAAAUCUCGCACCAUCUUCAUCAUGUGCCACAUGCCCAUCUUCUGCUGGCUCACCGCCACAGUUCUUCAGGAACAUUUGGACAAAGGGAAGGAGAGAGAGCUUCCCACGACGCUGACCAACCUGUACUCAGAGUAUGCUUUUAACCUCUUUGAAAAGUUCAAGGAGAGACAGACAACGGAGUACUUCGGAGACGUGAAAGCACUAGCAAAGCUGGCAUUUCACCACACCAUGAGUAUGCGACAGAUCUUCUACGAGAAGGACCUGGCGGACAGCGGCCUUGAUUACAGCCGAGCCGCAAAACACUGUGGAAUAUUUACACAGGUGUUUCAGGAGGUACGUCCGCUGCGGAGAAACCAACAGGACAAGAUAUUUCAGUUCAUCCAUCUGACCAUCCAGCAGUAUAUGGCCGCACUCUACGUGAUGAUGUGCCUCUUCCACGACAACAACAAUGUACUGGCUGAUUCAGAGCUGGCACCAGAUUUUUUUUUCCAAGAGGAAGAACAAGAAUCAGAAGGAGAAGGAACAGAAUCAUAUGGUGAAGAAAAAGCAGAAACAGAAGGUGGUGAUUGGAAAAUCAUAGAGGUCUUCCGGUCAGCUCUCCUGAAAGCCUCAGAGAGCGAAGGAAACUUGGACCUGUUCCUCCGCUUCCUGUUUGGGCUUUCUGUGCCGUGCAACCAGGAACUAGUGGGGGAACUGCUGAAAGCUCCACAGGACUGUGGGCAAAGCAGGUCAAAAACAGUCAAGUUGCUUAAGGAUAGGAUAAAGCGGAACCCUCCAGAGAAGAACAUCAACUUGUUCUACUGCUUAAAUGAGCUGAAGGACGACUCCUUGCUGAAGCAGUUACAGAAGAAAAGACGUUCAAGAUGUUUCGACUGGCAACCAAUGACAAAUGACAUGUGGUCGGCCCUGGCCUUCUUCUUGCUGACAGACGACGAAACCAUGGAGUCCUUUUGCCUUCGUGAAUACGACGCUUCGCCUAUAUGGCUCGAGAAGCUGUUGGUGGUGGUCAAGGCUUCUCGAAAAUCAAAUCUAAGUUUUUGUUGCCUGAACAAAGGCAGCUGUCACCUGCUGGCUUCCGUUCUCAGCUCUCCAUCCAACCUGAGGCAUCUGGACCUGGGCUAUAACCACCUGUCGGACAAGGGGGUUGAGAUCCUCUCGAAAGGACUGGCCAGCCCACACUGCAUCUUAAAAGUCCUCAAGCUGGUUUACUGCGGAAUCACAAAGCAAGGAUGCGUUGUUUUGGCCGAGGCUUUCAAGUUAAACCCGUCCCAUCUUCAAGAGCUGGACCUUUCCAAAAACACUCUGUGGGGUCAGGGGGUGGAGAUCCUCUUAAAAGGACUGGCCAGUCCACACUGCAACUUACAAGUCCUCAAGCUGGCAGAGUGCGGGAUCACAAGGCGAGGAUGCGUUUCAUUGGCCGAGGCUCUCCAGUUCAACCCUUCCCAUCUUCAAGAGCUUCACCUGAGAAACAAUUUUCUGUUGGACGAGGGGGUCGAGAUCCUCUCAAAAGGACUGGCCAGCCCAUACUGCAUCUUAAAAGUCCUCAAGCUGGAUUACUGCAGAAUACAGAAGCGAGGAUGCCUUGUUUUGGCCGAGGCUCUCAAGUUAAACCCCUCCCAUCUUCAAGAGCUGAAUCUGGGCUUCAACGAUCUGUCGAACAUGGGGAUCGAGAUGCUCUUGAAAGGAUUGGCCAGUCCACACUGCAUCGUACAAUUCCUUGAUGCUCCUGCGCACGAGCACAUGUGUGAUACUAUAACAGGCUCAAUGGACAAAGGCAGUCUGAACAGCCUAUCUGCUUGUGCCCUGGACAUCGGCAGUUGUCACCUACUGGCUUCCGUUCUCAGCUCUCCAUCAAACCUGAGGCAUUUGGACCUGAGCGAUAACCUUGGUGUGUCGGACGAGGGGGUGGAGAUCCUCUCGAAAGGACUAGCCAGCCCACAUUGCAUCUUAAAAGUCCUCAACCUGUCCUCCUGUGGGAUCACCAGGAAAGGAUGCAUUUCAUUGGCCGAGGCUCUCAAGUUAAACCCCUCACAUCUUCAAGAGCUGGACCUUUCCCAGAACUCUCUGUGGGGUGAGGGGAUGGAGAUCCUCUCAAAAGGACUGGUCAGCCCACACUGCAUCUUAAAAGUCCUCGAACUAAGUCAUUGUCACCUGGACAAAGGAAGCUGUCGCCCGCUGGCUUCCAUUCUCAGCUCUCCAUCCAACCUGAGGCAUCUGGACCUGAGCUGGAACGAUCUGUCGGACAAGGGGGUUGAGAUCCUCUCGAAAGGACUGGCCAGUCCACACUGCAUCUUAGAGUCCCUCACGCUGAACACCUGCGGCUUCACAGAUCGAGGUUGCGUUUCAUUGGCCGAGGCGGUCAAGUUAAACCCCUCCCAUCUUCAAAAGCUGCACCUGUGGGGCAAUAAAACAGGACAAGAAGGAAAGAGGGCCUUCUUGGACCUCCGAGAGGAUCCCAGCUUCUGCCUGGAGAUUGGCGGGUUCCACAGUAUUCUGUCCGCCAUAUUCGACAUGGAGGAGUUUGCGCUUUUUCCGUCAAUCGAUAAAUUGGAUCGCUGCAGUAAAGCCGACCUUCUCUUGGUUGCGAACCUAUUUGACAUUCCCGUCCCUUAA